CGAUUCGGCCUAGCAGCUUGUGUUUAUAGGGAUAGAAUCUAUGCUUUCGGGGGCUGGAACUCAACGCAACGUAAAUUGAACUCAAUGGAGAUAUACAUACCAGAUUCCGAUGCCUGGAUGCCAGGUUCCCCUAUGCCCGAGGUCCGUGAUGGUGCUGGUGAGUGUCUUCAGCCCAACUUCUCUAGAAAUUUCCUUUCUAUUGUACUGUAUGAAAUUGUUACAGCAUGA